GGCCGGAUACAUACAUCUGUCUGUCUGUCCAUAUGAUAUGAAGAACAUUGUGCUGCACAGGGAAUGAAUGAAUGCAGUGCACGGGUUUUGCACCACCAUUCAUUCCAUCACACACAUCCAGCGAGCUGCUCCAUGAGUGCUGAAGAACACAAUGAAGGAUCAACAGAACACCGAGUGAAGCCAACAUCCCAUCUAAACCACAGACAUCUCUCUCUCUCUCUCUCUCUUCCUCACACACGCACACACACACUCACAUAAGUGAGACCAUCGAUCGACAUGUGUCUGUCUCCAUGUGUCUGUCAGUCAUCCGUUUGGCAUGGGCGGCAGUGUGCCGCUCCGUCGGCAGUACUGGCACACCUGGUCGGCCUUAGCACGCAUCAACGACGAGAACUGCUCUAUCAUUGCCUUGCCUGAACCAAGAAACCAAGACACACACACACACACACGAGGGAGCUCCCAGAAUGUGCGUCUUGGCAUCCUUCUGGCACACCGCUUUCGAUCUCUGUGGCCUGGAACUUAUUGAUCUUCUCGAGCCUGGCAAAGGAAGGCAGAAAGGCGAAAGCACGGGGGGAUGUGAAAGAGCUUCAUUCCUCGCUUCAUCCAUUUCUCGCUCACUUGGCAAUGCGCUCCUGAAGCUCAUGGAACUCCGCCUUCUGCAGACAAGACAGACAAGACACAAAACGCAUACACGUGGAAAAUUAGGGUGUUGCCACAAGGCGGCUUACAAGUCGUUGGUUUUCCUCCUUGGUGUCCUCAAUCUGCCGCACCGUCGAUCCCCUCAUCUCACUAAACGCCUUGUCAAGCGCCUGUACACACACACACACAUGGCUGGCAGGUGAGGACAUGAUGCCUCACUCCCACCCUCCCCCCUCUCACAUACGCACGCACGUCGAUUUGCUUGACGACGUCCUUGUGGUCGCCGCGGAGCCGCAUCGCACCUGACGACUGCUGCAGCAAAUGCAUGUGCUGAAACGCGCACACAGGACGACAGGGAAGGCACAGCUGUGUACCACAGCUGACCAAUACCUCCCUUGAUAAUGAGAAUCCUUCUAAGCAUCCGUACGUGGACGACGCGAUGCAGCUGCUGGUGCAGCUCGUCAGAGGACCGCCUGGACGAGACGCUGUCGGCAGACCUGCUGCUGGGGCUGGCGUCGCUGUGCUGUCGGCCCAGCUUCAGCCGCACCAUCAUCUCCUUGUCCAUCCCGAGGGCAGGGUCAUCACUGCGCCCAUUGAGCGAUAUAUCGGGAGCGGCAGCGGCAUCAUUCAUGAGGUCGAUGAGCGGGGAUGACGGAGCAUCCGACCUGCCUCUGUAUUAAAGCAAGAAGCACAAGCAAACAGUCACGAUGGGGAGAUGGAUCAUUGUAUUGUGCCUUUAUCCCCUCGCUGGUUUGCUUACGUGCCGGUGUUUGCCUCUACGACCAAAUUGUCUACGACUGCUGGCCUGUCCUCUGGAUUCUUCUUCAUCGCUACGCCAUGGAAUGGAAGGCGAGCUGGGAAAUGGCCUGUUUGCCACAAAGACGAUGCUCUCACUGUAGCACGACGGUGGCAACGUCUCCCGAUGAUCCUCCCGAGAAUAGCAGCGCAGUGGAUCGG